UUAAAUCUUUAUACUAGGUUAACUGUAACUGGUUAACUUGUUGGUUUGUGAGGAAAGAUUUGUAUCUAAUGUUUAUUAAAGUGUUCAAGGAAAGGGUAUGUAGUUAUGAAACAGUGAACUGAUUAAAAAUAUUGAAGAAGAAGCUAAUUUUCUCCUGAAAAUGGAUCCUAAUUGCGGUAUGCCAUGUUGGUACUUUGAGAAGAAAGAGUUAAGAAACACUCCUUCUGUUCAAGAUGGCAUUGAAUAUGAGACCGAGUGUCGAUACAGGAAGGAAGGAGCCAGAUUCAUCAUUGACACUGGAACAAAGAUGGACCUAGGCUACAACACUAUGGCCACUGGAGUCGUUUAUUUUCAUAGAUUUUACAUGUAUCAUUCAUUUAGAAAUUUCCCCCGUUACGUCACAGCUUGUUGCUGUUUAUUUUUAGCAGGAAAAGUUGAGGAAACACCAAAGAAGUGUAAAGAUAUCAUAAAGACUGCCAAAGGUCUUCUAACAGAGCAGAAAUUUGCAACAUUUGGUGAAGAUCCAAAGGAGGAAGUAAUGACAUUGGAAAGGAUUCUUCUACAGACCAUUAAGUUUGACUUGCAGGUGGAGCACCCCUAUAGCUUCCUCCUAAAAUAUGCAAAAAGUCUCAAGGGAGAUAAGCAAAAGCUACAUAAAAUGGUGCAGAUGGCAUGGACAUUUGUCAAUGACAGCUUGUGUACAACACUGUGUCUGCAGUGGGAACCAGAAGUGAUAGCAGUAGCUCUCAUGUACUUGGCAGGAAAGCUCAGCAAGUUCGAGGUAGUGGACUGGAUCGGCCGUCAUAGUAAACAUCUGCGUUGGUGGGACAUGUUCGUGGAGGAUAUAACUAUGGAUCUUUUGGAAGAUAUUUGUCACCAGGUGCUGGAUCUGUACUCUCAACCGCAGAACGCCCAGGCACCAGAGUCUCCUCCCCUGGUCCGCAAUCCUCCCCUUAAGAAGGAACAGCUGCCUCCGACACCCUUCGUUGUGACACCUCAACACUCCUCUCCUAUCCCACCAGCAGCUAUUCAGCGACACCUGGAGCCAAAUUCUGUUGGAAACAAAACAAGAGACGAUAGUUUUCCAUCAGUUACACCAAACAAAGUGAUCAAAUCAGAACUGAAGAGUGCAAAUAACGGAGAGAAGAUUCCAACUGUGACAGGAGGAGUUGUAUCAGACAACAAGGUGUCAAGUGGGGAGGUAUACGGAUAUUCUGGUUACACACAGCCACCUAGCUCAGCCUUUCCUCCUGCCUUCACCACCACUCGCCCCCCACCCUACCCUUACCCUGCCACUGCCACCCACCCCACCUCUUACUAUCCCCCUCCUAGUCGGCCUCCAUACUAAUUACUUUUAUACUUUUAUCUAAUGUACAUUUUGGAUUCUUUUCUACAAAUAAAAUUCUUUUCACUUCA